GUUGCGCGCCGGUCGGCUGUGUGGAUGGGUUUGUGUGGAUCGUUAUCGGUGGUUUUUGGUGUACUUCGAUUGGUUUUUAUGCGAGUACUGGGAUAAAACGGUGUCGCAGGGUAUCCUUACGACAAGGAGCGCCCUUUCGAAGGGUAAGACAGAAGUGAGUUGUUGGUUCGUUUGACAAAAUGACGACCGACAUCUCGGUGGUGCGCGCGGGUUGGGACCCCACGUUACAACAAGAGAUUGUCGAUGAGUACGAAUACGACGGGGGAAACUCGAGUUCGAGGCUUUUCGAACGUUCACGGAUCAAAGCCCUAGCCGGUGAACGUGAAUUAGUACAAAAGAAGACCUUCCAAAAAUGGGUGAACUCCCACUUGGUUCGGUGUUCCUGCCGAAUCGGCGACCUGUACGUCGACCUACGAGACGGCAAGAUGUUGAUCAAACUCCUGGAGAUCCUCUCCGGGGAACGCUUGCCACGACCUACGAAAGGAAAAAUGCGAAUCCACUGUUUGGAGAACGUCGACAAGGCGUUGCAGUUCUUGCGAGAGCAAAGAGUGCACCUGGAGAACAUGGGAUCCCACGACAUAGUGGACGGGAAUCCGCGUUUGAGCUUGGGUCUCAUUUGGACCAUCAUUCUGCGAUUCCAGAUUCAGGACAUCACGAUCGAGGAGACCGACAAUCAAGAAACGAAAUCAGCGAAAGACGCGUUGCUCCUCUGGUGCCAGAUGAAAACUGCUGGUUAUCACAAUGUAAACGUGCGAAAUUUCACCACCUCGUGGCGCGAUGGAUUAGCCUUCAACGCCAUCAUUCACAAACACCGUCCAGACUUGAUUCAAUUCGACAAACUAUCGAAAUCGAACGCCAUUUACAAUCUGAACAACGCGUUCAACGUGGCCGAGGACAAGCUUGGUCUCACUAAACUGUUGGACGCUGAAGAUAUAUUCGUUGAUCAUCCUGACGAGAAAUCAAUCAUCACUUACGUGGUCACGUACUAUCAUUACUUCUCGAAGAUGAAGCAAGAGACUGUGCAAGGUAAAAGGAUCGGCAAAGUGGUCGGAAUAGCGAUGGAGAACGACCGUAUGAUCCACGAGUACGAAAGUCUGACCAGUGAUCUGUUGCGUUGGAUCGAGGGCACGAUAGAGGCUCUAGGAGACCGUAGAUUCGCCAACUCUUUGGUCGGAGUUCAGUCUCAACUUUCCCAGUUCUCCAAUUACCGUACCGUAGAGAAACCGCCGAAGUUCGUGGAGAAGGGUAAUCUGGAGGUACUGUUGUUCACGUUGCAGUCGAAGAUGCGAGCGAACAAUCAAAAACCAUACACGCCGAAGGAGGGUAAGAUGAUUUCGGAUAUCAACAAAGCGUGGGAGAGGCUAGAGAAAGCGGAACACGAGCGAGAAUUGGCUCUCCGCGAAGAGCUGAUUCGUCAGGAAAAAUUAGAGCAAUUAGCAGCGAGAUUUAACCGAAAGGCCAGUAUGAGAGAGACCUGGUUGUCUGAGAAUCAACGAUUGGUUUCUCAGGAUAACUUCGGCUUUGAUCUAGCCGCCGUCGAGGCUGCUGCCAAAAAACACGAAGCCAUCGAGACCGACAUCUUCGCCUACGAGGAACGGGUCCAGGCUGUUAUGGCUGUUUCGCAAGAACUAGAGACCGAGAACUACCAUGACAUCGAACGCAUUAAUGCCCGCAAAGACAACGUUCUCAGACUUUGGAAUUACUUACUGGAGCUGCUUCGUGCUAGAAGAAUGAGACUGGAGUUGUCUCUGCAGUUGCAACAGAACUUCCAGGAGAUGCUGUACAUCCUGGACAGUAUGGAAGAGAUCAAGAUGCGUUUGCUGACCGACGACUACGGAAAGCACUUGAUGGGUGUCGAAGACCUUCUGCAGAAACAUUCUCUGGUAGAAGCAGACAUCAAUGUCCUCGGCGAGAGGGUGAAAGCUGUUGUGCAACAAAGUCAGAAGUUCUUGGAGCACGGAGAAGGCUAUCGUCCUUGCGACCCAACGAUCAUCGUUGAGCGCGUGCAGCAAUUGGAAGACGCGUACGCGGAAUUAGUACGUUUGGCUGUUGAACGUAGAGCCAGACUCGAAGAAUCUCGCAAACUGUGGCAAUUCUAUUGGGACAUGGCUGACGAGGAGAACUGGAUCAAGGAGAAGGAACAAAUUGUAUCCACUGGAGAUAUUGGUCAUGAUCUUACCACUAUCAACUUACUGUUGUCGAAGCACAAGGCUCUGGAGAACGAGAUCCAGUCUCACGAACCACAGCUGAUGUCCGUGGUCGCUGUUGGGGAUGAACUGGUUCGUCAGCAACACUUUGGUUCUGAUCGAAUCCAGGAGAGGCUUCAAGAAAUUCUAGGAAUGUGGAACCAUCUUCUGGAUCUGGCUGCUUUCAGAAGGAAACGUUUGGAAGAAGCUGUCGACUACCAUCAAUUGUUCGCAGAUGCCGAUGACAUAGACAUUUGGAUGCUGGAUACCUUGAAACUCGUCUCUUCGGAAGACGUCGGCAGAGACGAGGCAAACGUCCAGUCCCUGUUGAAGAAACACAAAGAUGUUACAGACGAGUUAAAGAACUACGCUGCCACGAUCGAUCAGCUUCAUCAGCAGGCAGCAGGUCUCGGUGAACAGGACGCGAAAUCAUCGGAAGUCCUGGAAAGACUGGCUUCCAUAGACUCGAGGUACAAGGAGCUGAUGGAACUAGCCAAGCUGCGUAAGCAGAGACUGCUAGACGCCUUGUCGUUGUACAAGUUGUUCAGCGAAUCCGACGGAGUGGAACAAUGGAUCGGUGAAAAGAACAGGAUGCUAGAGACGAUGGUACCGGCCAAGGACAUCGAAGACGUGGAGAUCAUGAAGCACCGAUACAAUGGCUUCGAAAAAGAAAUGUACGCGAAUGCUUCUCGAGUUGCCGUCGUGAAUCAACUGGCCAGACAGCUGUUGCACGUCGAACAUCCUAACUCUGAACAGAUAGUCGCUCGUCAGAACGAGUUGAACCAGAAAUGGGCAGAACUACGCGAGAAGGCGGAGAACAAACGCGACGAGCUGAACUCCGCCCACGGUGUGCAGACCUUCCACAUCGAGUGUCGCGAGACGGUGUCCUGGAUCGAGGACAAGAAGCGUAUCCUUCAGCAGACCGACAGCCUGGAGAUGGAUCUGACCGGAGUAAUGACACUCCAGCGUCGACUGAGUGGCAUGGAACGCGACCUGGCAGCCAUACAGGCCAAGUUGGACGCUCUGGAAAUGGAGGCUCAGAAUAUCCAACAACAGAACUUGGAAGAUCCUGAGGUGAUUCGAGAAAGGAUCACUCAGAUUCACACAAUCUGGGAACAGCUGACUCAGAUGCUGAAGGAACGCGACGCGAAACUGGAAGAAGCCGGUGAUCUGCACAGAUUCCUCCGAGACCUUGAUCACUUCCAGGCGUGGUUAACCAAGACCCAAACCGACGUCGCCAGCGAGGACACGCCGACCACGUUGGCCGAUGCCGAGAAACUGCUCACGCAGCACCAGAACAUCAAGGAAGAGAUCGACAACUACACCGACGACUACCAGAAGAUGAUGGAGUACGGAGAAAGGUUAACAAGCGAGGCUGGAGACGGGGACACGCAGUACAUGUUCUUGAGGGAGAGAUUGAACGCCCUGAAGAUGGGCUGGGAGGAAUUGCACCAGAUGUGGGUGAACAGGAAGCUGUUGUUGUCGAAUUCCUUGAACUUGCAGGUAUUCGACCGUGAUGCUCGCCAGGCAGAGGUGCUUUUGUCCCAGCAAGAGCACAUUCUCGCUAAAGAUGAAACACCGGCAAACUUCGAGCAGGCCGAGCACAUGAUCAAGCGUCACGAGGCCUUCAUGACUACCAUGGAUGCGAACGACGAGAAGAUCAACAACGUGGUGCAGUUCGCUGGACGACUUGUCGACGAGGGACACUUCGCGGCUGACAAAGUCAAGAAGAAGGCGGAGAGCAUCAACGAACGACGUCGAGUGAACCGCGAGAAGGCUAACCAAUGCAUGGAGAAGCUGAAGGAUCAGUUGCAGCUGCAAAUGUUCCUGCAGGACUGCGAGGAGUUGGGCGAAUGGGUGCAAGAGAAGCACAUCACUGCCCAGGACGAAACUUAUAGAAGUGCAAAGACUGUCCACAGCAAAUGGACCAGGCAUCAGGCCUUCGAGGCAGAGAUAGCGAGCAACAAGGAUCGUCUGCAGCAGUUACAACAAGCUGCAGAGGAACUGAUCCAACAGAAACCAGACCUGGCCGACAUCAUCAAACCGAAAGUGGCCGAAUUGGCUGAUCAGUUCGAGGAACUCGAGACCACCACCCACGACAAGGGUGAACGUCUGUUCGAUGCCAAUCGCGAGGUACUUAUCCACCAGACCUGCGACGACAUUGACUCCUGGAUGAACGAGCUGGAGAAGCAAAUCGAGAGCACGGAUACCGGAUCCGACUUGGCUUCCGUUAACAUCCUGAUGCAGAAGCAACAGAUGAUCGAAACGCAGAUGGCGGUUAAGGCUAGACAAGUCACUGAACUGGAUAAACAAGCGGAGCACUUGCAGCGCACAGUGCCAGAUGACAAGAUGGAGGAGAUCAAGUGCAAGAAGGAGAAGGUCGCCCAGAGAUUCGCCCAAUUGAAGGCUCCUCUGAUCGACCGACAGCGUCAACUGGAGAAGAAGAAAGAGGCCUUCCAAUUCAGACGCGACGUGGAGGACGAGAAGCUCUGGAUCGCCGAGAAGAUGCCCCAAGCCACCAGCACCGAAUACGGUAACUCCCUAUUUAACGUGCACAUGCUGAAGAAGAAGAACCAGUCUCUCCGCACCGAAAUCGAGAACCACGAGCCCAGGAUUAAUCUGGUGUGCAACAACGGACAGAAGUUGAUCGACGAAGGACACGAGGACAGUCCUGAAUUCCAGAAACUGAUACCCGAGUUGACGGAGAAAUGGAAGGAGCUGAAGGAUGCGGUAGACGACAGGAACAAGCAUCUGCUUCAGAACGAGAAGGCACAGCAGUACUUCUUCGACGCGACCGAGGCGGAAUCCUGGAUGAGCGAGCAAGAGUUGUACAUGAUGGUGGAGGAUCGUGGCAAGGAUGAGAUCUCUGCGCAGAAUCUGAUGAAGAAACACGAGUCCUUGGAGCACGCUGUAGAGGACUACGCCGAGACGAUCCGCCAGCUAGGAGAAACGGCUAGACAGCUGAUCAACGAUCAACAUCCUCUCGCUGAUCAGAUUGCUGUAAAACAAUCUCAAGUGGACAAAUUGUACGCCGGAUUGAAGGACCUGGCUGGUGAACGUCGAGCCAAACUGGACGAGGCUCUUCAGCUGUUCAUGUUGAACAGAGAGGUGGACGACUUGGAGCAGUGGAUCGCGGAGAGAGAAUUGGUCGCUGGAAGUCAUGAACUGGGCCAGGACUACGACCACGUGACGUUGCUAUGGGAGAGGUUCAAGGAGUUCGCUAGGGACACCGAGGCGAUAGGUUCAGAAAGGGUAGCAGCAGUGAACGGUAUCGCGGAUUCUUUAAUAGCAACCGGUCACUCGGAUGCUGCCACCAUUGCCGAAUGGAAGGACGGAUUGAACGAGGUGUGGCAGGACCUGCUGGAGCUGAUCGACACUCGCACGCAGAUGCUGCAAGCCAGCCGGGAGCUGCACAAAUUCUUCCACGACUGCAAGGACGUUCUUGGAAGAAUCCUGGAAAAACAAAAUGCCAUGUCAGACGAGCUCGGUCGCGAUGCUGGCUCGGUUUCCGCUCUCCAACGAAAACACGGCAACUUCAUGCAAGAUCUGUCCACCUUGCAGAGUCAGGUGUCGCAGAUUCAAGAGGAGUCGGCUAAAUUGCAGGCUUGCUAUGCCGGUGACAAGGCUAGAGAGAUAACGAACCGCGAAGGAGAGGUUGUUGCCGCUUGGAACAACUUGCAGUCCCUCUGCGAAGGAAGAAGAACGAAACUGGAGGACACCGGGGAUCUCUACCGAUUCUUCAACAUGGUCAGAACCCUGAUGAUCUGGAUGGACGAUGUAGUGCGCCAGAUGAACACUUCUGAAAAGCCUCGCGACGUUGCUGGAGUUGAGUUGUUGAUGAACAAUCAUCAGAGCCUGAAGGCUGAGAUCGACGCCAGGGAGGACAACCUGAUGGCUUGUAUCAAUCUCGGGAAGGAUUUGUUAGCUAGAAAUCAUUAUGCCAACUCUCAGAUCAAGGAGAAACUGGCGGCGCUCACGGAUCAUAGAAAUGCGUUGCUGCAUAGAUGGGAGGAGCGUUGGGAGAACUUGCAGCUCAUUUUGGAGGUGUAUCAGUUUGCUAGAGACGCUGCGGUCGCUGAGGCAUGGUUGAUCGCACAGGAACCAUAUCUGAUGAGCCAAGAACUUGGCCACACGAUUGACGAAGUUGAAAACCUAAUCAAGAAGCACGAGGCGUUCGAAAAGUCGGCAGCUGCGCAAGAGGAAAGGUUUAGUGCCUUGCAUCGACUCACUACGUUUGAGUUGAAAGAAAUGAAGAGGAGGGAACAAGAGCGAGAGGAAGAGGAGAGACGUAAGAAGGAGGAGGCCGCAGCAGCUGAGGCAGCUCGAUUAGCUAAAGCAACGCCAGUAACUAGUCCAGAUGAACCACCCAGUGAAAGAGCUGAAGCUGAAGGAGUACCUAGCGGAGAACGCCCCACCGGCGAAGACGAGUCACAUGUGGCACAUCGCAAGGCUUCUACACGUACACCACAGCCUCAAGACAAGCCCAAGGAAGUGCAUGUUCGGAAACCUGCACGACUAUCCGUACGAGGAGAAGGACCAUCACCUGCUACCCCCUUGUCCACGAAACCUCCUCUGGGUCCAUCUAGCCCAACAACUCCAAAAGGUGGAAGCGGUUCCGAGUCUGGUACUUUAAGACGUAAGGAACGUAGUCGCAGCAAGUCACCGUUCCGAAGUUUCCGUUGGAGAAAAUCCGCCAAGUCGCCGAGUUUAGAUCGCAGUGGCGUGAGUGAUGAUGAACGCAGCAUUUCCGAACAACGAAGUCCUAGCGACGACGAGUUCGAGGGUGUGCUGCAACGAAAACACGAAUGGGAGAGUACAACGAAGAAGGCGUCGAAUCGUUCCUGGCACAAGGUGUACAUGGUCGUUCGUGGACAAAGUUUGUAUGUAUAUACCGAUCAGAAGUCUUACAAGGCUGCUCCGGAUCAACCUUACAAAGGGGAAGCUCCUCUGGAUCUCAAAGGCGCGACUAUUACUGUAGCCAGUGAUUACACCAAGAAGAAACAUGUCUUCCGUGUAAAGUCGCAAAGCGGAUCCGACUUCCUAUUCCAAGCUAAAGACGACGCUGAAAUGAACGAAUGGGUUUCCGUGUUGAAUCAAGCUGCACAAGGUACAUCCGGUGCGAGCACGUCCAGGGCGCACACUCUGCCCGCGCCUACACAAGCCGAGACCAAGCGGCGUAGUUUCUUCACUCUCAAGAAAAACUAAACCGGAGCAGUGAAGUACGGUAUAAGCCGCUCAGCACAACACACACAGUUUAAGAGAAAUGUUUCGUCGCUCUGCGUGGUUAAUAAUGCAACGCUAAUUAUGAACAAUUAGGAGACACAAACACGAAUACACGAGAUGAGAAUACAUGAAAUAAUGGUAUUUACGAAACGAAAUCAAAGGACGACCCUUGAUAAAUCUUGUCGUUUUAACGAAACGCCUACAUCUACGACUACUAUUCGCCAUGGAAAUCAUAGAGAGUAUUUAAACAGCUGUCUGUAUGUGUUAAAACAUUUCACUCGCGUAUAGGCCAUUCGAAGUCUCUAAUUACGUAUUUUUUUCUUUUCUGUUCGUUCUCUUCGAAGAAAUUUUUGGACACUUUGCAAUAUAUCGCUAUAUCGUUGAAAAGGUGACACACACAUACACACACAUUCGAUAUGUCCCACGUUAGCGUGAUCAAGAUUCAUUCGCACAUGGAUGCAUUGAUCAUCAAAAAAAAAAAUUGAUCGUCCGCGAUAUCCAUACGUAUUAAUCGACAAAAUACUAUUCGCGAUGAAAAAAAUAUUAGAUUUGUAAUUAAUAAUAUGUAUAUGUAUGCGCAUAUGGUAUCCUUUGUGUUUGAUAUUGUUUUUUCACAAGUAUGUCGUGUUCGCGAUUCUCUGUAAUUUGUUUAUCAAAUAUUUUGUACAAAACGAUUGUUCUUUAAUCGGUAUCGUGUUGCUGGGGUUCUGUAUGUAAAUUGAUUAAAAAUAUAAAGUUUCCAUGGUAUAUUUACAAUUUACAAAAGAUUCUACAAGUUGCAUACUUUGUCUUUAGAUAAAUCUUUGGUAUUAUGAAGUAUUAUACGUUUCAUUAUUUUAAGUGUAAAAAUACUUGAGAAAUUAUAUAAUGUUACUUACUAAUGCUUUGUAUAUUGUAUAAAGAAAAUUUCUAGCUAUUUAAGAAUGAUAUUUCUAUAUUGUAUUUUUAACAGAACUCGUCUAGCAACUUGAUACCUCGUUGUUAGUCUAAUCAGAACGUUGCUCUGUAAUUCGCAAUUUUCAAUUAAAAAGAAAAAAAGAUAUAUGUUCGAUUGAUCCACGUUUCAUUUCUAUACGGUUUGGUUUCUCGCUCUUGCACGUUUGUAAUCUUUUAAUUUCGCGUUUCUCCGCAAACGGUUCGUUUGCGUUUCGAUGACUGCCAUAUAUUUUUAAGAAGCACACUAACUUGGGACAUAAUAUAUAUAUAAAUAUAUAAAUAAAUAUAUAAAUAUUAUAUAUAUAUAUAAAUAUAAAUAUAAAUUAGCUUUUAACAAAUUGUUAAAUAUAUGCUGCGCCCUAAGGGAAUACGCAUUGAAGGAUUAUAAAAAGGAAGAAAUGGAACAUUGUGUAAUAAUUCAGAGAUUCCUCUUAUACGAUCCCAAAUAUCAUGAUUCUACGGAAUUAAAAAAAAAAGGAGAAAGAAA